AAUUUCCAUCGAUAUAUCGAUAGGCCGUCGAUGUUUCUCUAUCUCUAUUAUUUAUCACAAAUUAACUAAAGAGGCGGCAUCGUAGAAGAAAACAAUUUAGUUGCAUUUAUAAUUAAAACAGAAUUCGUUAAAAUUAUAUCAAAGUGCAGCAAUUUUGUGAAGCCCAAUCAUGUCGUUUAUGAAUCCAGUUGAUAUGGUGGACGAGGAUGCCGCAGACUUGCAAUUCCCCAAAGUGAAAUUGAAAACAAGUCAGGUGCAGCAACAGUUGAGCCCAAUAAAGUUUUCACGAGCUCGCAAUGAUGAUGCGACAAUCUGUUCCACAGUAUUCUACAAUGCUCAAGCAUUUCACAAUCAAAUGGAGGAGCUUACUGCAAUCGACAAUAGUCGCAUGCUGACAAGCGGUCAGACAUCUAAUUUAGCAUGUGCCACGUGUCGUUCCAAUCUCACUGAACCCUAUAUAAAGUGCUCCGAAUGUCUGGACAUCCAGCUUUGUCCACCGUGUUUUGCACGUGGCCGCGAGACGGGCCCACAUCGAAACAAUCAUGCCUAUAUUGUAAUACGUGACGAUGUACAGGUAUUUGCCAACGAAUGUGGUUGGACUUCCCGCGAUGAACGAACGCUGCUCCAGGCACUGCGAACACAUGGCUAUGGCAAUUGGGAUGCUAUUGAAAAUGCUCUUGGUAGACGACACUCGGCUAAGGAAAUACAGCGGCACUAUCAUGACUGCUUCUUUGGUGGCAUAUUUGAACGCUUAGUGGGCUUGCAACAUGCCCGACUUUGUUACAUGCCUGAACGCAUGCCGUAUGUGUUUAAAAUGCGAUCGUUGGAGCCGCCUCGUCAUGAUGAUAUUUCAUCCGUGCCGUUUAAGAUUAAUGCUGGGUAUCGUUGUGCACGUGGCGACUUUGAUACACCCUACGAUGCGUCUGCCGAAGGCCUGCUGACAAUUAUGAAUGAACAGAAAACUAACGACGAUGAUAUUGAGCUGCCCGAUCGAGAACUGGUCGAGGAACUGCAGUUUGCUCUUGCACGUGCCUAUAACAAUCGCUUAAGAGAACGCCAUCGGCGCUAUAAUAUUAUGCAAAAACAUGGUCUCAUCAUGCCGAAUCGCACCGUCAGUUGGAUAACAAAAUAUGUGAAUGUCUUUCGCAACGAUGCCAGUUGUAUGCGUUUUCUUGCCCUAAUGCAAAUCUCGGAUCCCAUUGAGUUUGAUCUACUGGUGGAAUCACUGCGCUACUAUCGCCAGCUACAAAGUCGCAUUCAUUGGCUACACGAUCUGCGGCAGCAUGGAGUACGCACUCUUCGUGGUGGGGCACUUUACUCGCGACUGCAUAAGCAGCGGCAGCAUGCACAAAAGGAAUACGUGCGGCAGCGACAAAACGAUGCUUGGGACUGGCAACAGUUGGUACAUCAUUACGAGCAAAAUCAGCAUGUGGAGCAGGCGCCACAGGGCAGCAGCUCCAGGGUCUACACGAUGUACCCGCGACGUAAGGCCAGUCCCAUGGAUAUUUCGGAUCUGCCCGGUUACUCCAAGCUAGAUGCUGGAGAACGCACGCUUUGUAGCGUUGCCCGCUUGAUACCCCAAGCCUAUUUGGAGUACAAGAACCAACUAAUUGCCGAGUAUGCUAAGCUAGGCAAUCUGCGAUUGGGAGACGCACGUCGGCUCAUAAAGAUUGACGUGAAUAAAACGCGACAAAUUUACGAUUUCUUGGUUGAAAAUGGCCACAUUCGAACGCAUUCUUACAACUAAAAUCGUUACGAAUUAUUUACAUUUCACUUGUAAAUUGCACAAGGAUAAUUAAAUACUUAAAUCACCAUGUUUGCUUAUAUACAUUAUUUAAU